CAGUGUUCACCAUUUUGCAACGCCGUUCUGCUAUAUUUUUCUCCGUGUUGUAAUCUCACAAACCAUAAUUAAGGAUAAAUAUUAAACCAUUUGGACCUACUCUGAACAAACAGUAAUGCAGCCAACUUCGGACAAGCUUUGCCUUCUUUUGAUCGGUAAAACCGGUUCAGGAGUCAGUGCUUCUGCAAACACUAUCCUGGGAGAACAAAAGUUUGAUUCCGCGAAGAGCCUGAACUCAAUCACCGACAGAUGCCAAAAACACACAGCUGAAGUGUCAAACAGAAGAGUUACAGUAAUUGACUCUCCAAACCUCUUUAAUUCAACUGACAUUGAUCUGACAGUGGAGUUAAAGAGAGGACUGGUGAUGUGCUCUUCUGGAGUCCACGCAAUCCUUCUGGUUUUCCCUUUACACACUUUCACUCAGCAAGAUGCAGAUACCAUAUUCUUGUUCAAGCAGAUGUUUGGUGAAAACGCCAUGAAACACACAUUAGUCUUGUUCACACAUGGAGAUGAGCUUCAAAAUAAAUCAAUCAGUCAACUCAUUAGACGUAAUGCAGAGCUGUCCAAACUAACAGAGGAGUAUGGAGGGAGAUAUCACUUACUGAACAACAAAGAUCUGAAUGACAGAGAGCAGGUCACCAAACUCCUGAUGAAGAUCCAGCGAAUGGUGUCUGAAAAUGACAACAGCUGCUACACUUUACAAAUGUUUGAGACUCAGUCACUCGACAUAUUUCUGAAGCCAAAGUAUUUGUAUGUGGUCAGUGUUGUCAUUGUGAUAGCUUUGGGUUGUGUGAGUAUGGAGAAUGUAGGGUCCUGGGAUUUUAAAGCAUUUCUACAUGCUUGUGCUGGGGGAGUUUUAUCAGCAUUGGCAGGUGUUGCUUCCGGACUCAUUUGGACAAAUAUAUGGAAAAAUAAGUGCCGUAAGGCUGGGAAAUGUACAAAAAGUCUUCUGAAAAAUCUGAAAGUGCUGGGAGUCUUGUGUGGCUGUGGUGCUGGAGGAAUCAGUGUGUUUAUUCUGGGUCCAGUGGGGUUAACAGCUACAUUAUUGAGAGGAACAGAGGGGGGUGUCAUGGCUUAUACCACAAUGAUGAAACAUUGCAGAAAGUUAUGAUGAAUUAGUCAUUCUCAGUAUGGUCACAAAAAUAUUCAUUUUCUUUUUUUAUAUAUCAUUAGCAUUGCCGUUGUUAAAAACUUAACUGUUAUAAUAUGAAGAGUUCAGAUGCAAAACCCUCUAAAAUCCAUCUGAAAAUCUCCUUUAAAAUUUGCAUUUAUAUUUGGCUGUUUAUGUUCAGUAAAUUCACUUUAAUGUCAUUGAAUAUCUUCUUCUCAUUACCAUUAUAGUGAAAUGACUUAAACAUAGGAGCUUGAUAAAAAUGCUAAUUUUGGAAGAAAAUUUCUGAUGACUUUUAGAGGGUUUUGAAUCUGAACUCUUCAUAUAUUGAUUUACUCUGAUCAGUGUUGUGUCUCAUAAAAAAAAAGAAAAAAAAGAUAAUUUGUUAUCAUGGUUAUAAAGUCCUUUGAUUAAACAAUGAAAAAAAGUAUAAUAAACAAAGGCAAUAUUAUUUUAGCAGAUUUACGUUUAUUGUAACAAUGUCAAAAUGUUAAUAAAUAAUUACUUAAAUGGCAGAAAUCCAAACAGAAACUGCUUGAAAAUCAGAUAUCUAAUUGAUGAGUCAAGGUUUGGUGCAAAUAAAAACAAGGAAAUAAUACAAUAUAAUAUUCUUAACAGUACAGACAAAUGGUUGUAAGGGUCUUUGAUAAUUUCAGUUAAGCACAUGCACAUAAUGUCACUUUCCAUCCUGUUUUCUUUAAUAAAACUUUAGGGGCCCAGUCCCUCAUCAUCUCCCAGGGAUUGACAAGUUUUGGUACAAUGUAAACAUCAGUAUUAUCAAUGCAUUUGAUAAACUGUGUUGUUCGUUGUUGCAUCUAUCAAAAAUAAUAUUAUUCUUUUUUUUUCAUUACAAAAAAAAGAAGCAGGAAAUAGAGAGGAAAAUAUAAUAACAGUGAGAAAAAUAAAUGGUUUGCUUUUACAAAAUCUAAACAGUAUUUACAAAACAAAUCAUGAUUGUAAUAACACACAUGUGUCAGUAUAAAGUCCAAGACCACUGGGUUUAAAAAGAGGCUGUACAAUUAAACUUGAGCAUAUUCUAAAUUUAAAUUGGUUUUGUGAUGCAUCUUGUUCAAAGUUGAAAAACUUGUGUGCCACCUCUUAAUCCAGUAUUGUGUUUCUGUCACAGUCAUGGACUUCUGUUUGCCUGUUCCGUUUGAGUUUUCCUUAUUUGACCAUUUUCUUUUUCUUGUUUAGUUAAUUGAUUUCUCCCCACUUGUUUUUGUUCUUCUAAUUACGUUCUUUGUGUUUAUAAACCCUUUCUGUUUAGUCUGUCCUUGAAGUAACGUAAAGUAUCAUUGUGCUAAGUCAAGCUAUGUAUGUUUGUUUUUCGCCCAGGUCUUCAUUAAAAGCUAUUUCUUUUGGA